UGCGAUGCAUGCGCCGGAUCGAGCCCAAACGGGAGACCCGUGACGGGGACGUCCACGUCGGCAGCCGAAGCCACGUGGGACCGCGGCCGAGUCCACGUCAGCACCAGACACCCCCUCGGCCCAUUUCAAAAUCCCCACCCGUUUUGCCGCUUCGCUGGCAUAUAAACCAAGGCGUUCCUUCUCGUCUCCUCGCUUAGACGACGGACGAACGCUCCUGGGAUCGAUCGGGUCGCGAGCUCAACUCAGGCGAGAGGGCUUCGCGAUCCACCGCGCGCUCCUCGCUGCCGCCGGUGGGGUGUUCGACGGAAUUUCGCCAUGCGGAGCGGGGGGAGGCGGCUGCCGCCGUGGACGUCGCCGAGGGGGCACGCGGCGGCGGAGGUGGUGGCGCCGACGGGGUGGAGCCCCCGCACCCCCGCCGCGGGAGGGGGCGGCUCCGGGAGCUACGUCACGCCGCCACUGACCGCCGGCUGCUGCUGCUCCUCCUCCUCCUACCGCGUGACACCGCCCUCGAGCGGGGGCGGGUGCACCUCCCUCCUGACGCCGCCGGUGAGCGGCGGCGGGUGUUCCAGGCCGCCGAGGGCGCCGCCGGCCGUGGUGGAUUCGCCGUACGUGAGGGCGAAGCAGGCGCAGUUAAUUGAAAAGGACCCAAACAAGGCAGUUCCAUUGUUCUGGGCGGCUAUAAACAGUGGUGAACGAAUUGAGAGUGCACUGAAGGAUAUGGCUACCGUACUGAAACAAGCAAAUAGGGCCGAAGAGGCCAUUGAGGCCAUAAGAUCCUUCCGAGACCGUUGUCCCAAUGAAGCCCAGGAUUCACUUGACAAUGUUCUUCUUGACCUGUACAAGAAAUGUGGUCGGACAAAAGAGCAGAUUGAAAUGCUGACAAUAAAGCUGAGAAUGGUAGAUGAGGAUCUAGCUUCUGGUCGGUGGAAAACAAAGCUAUCUAAAUCUCAUGGACGAGUAGUAUAUCUCUCUCUGAGGGAUGAAAAAGCAAGGUUGUUGGGUAACCUCGCCUGGGCCCAUAUGCAGUCCGAAAAUUAUGAGGAAGCUGAAAUGCUCUACAGGCAAGCUCUUGCUAUUGAGGCUGAUUAUAACAAGGAAUGUAACUUAGCUGUCUGCUUGAUGAAGACUGGGAAGGUAGCUGAAGCUAAAUACCUUCUCCAAGCUAUACCUUACAACAGCAGUGAUGAAAAACAUGUUAGAUCUUUUGCCCGGGCUACUGAAAUGAUUAAGGAACUCGAGUCACAAGCACUCCCUUCUCCAAUAACUCAGAUGAAGUCUAAAGAUUCACGGAUUUUGCUUGCUACUGAUGCGGAGAACCUUGAUUAUAUACAGCCAGAAAUACUCUCUACUUCUUCAACUCAACUGCAAUACGAAGAACCAGAAUUUUCAGUUUCUGCAGAUACAGAGAAGCAGGUGGAUUGCAAUUCACAAGAGCUUCCGUCUCCAAUAACUCAGUUGAAGCGUAAAGUGCCACAAAUUAUGGUUGACAGCGAGAAGAACGGAGAAUGUCCGGAGGAGAACCAAGAUAUUUCUCGGCUGUUCAAUGAUGCUGCCACACCACAGUCUCUACUUGAGAAACUACGGAAACGGUUGGUUAAAAAGGACAGACCAAAUAUCAGCAUACAGCAUCAAGCCCAGACUCCUAGUUCAACUGAAUGCCUGCCAAUCUGUAAUGGCGCCACAGAUGCUAGUGACAAUCAUUUGCAAGAGGGGCAGAGUUCUGUUGGUGGUGCUAGGAAGACGUGGGCCGACAUGGUGGAGGAGGAUGAACAGCAAUUGGGUGACGGCAAGAGUGGUACUGCGCAAAAUGAAAGCAGCAAGCAGGCAAGUGAGCAGAGGUACAUAACACCACCAUCCUCUCAAGCAAACAGCACCCUCCAAACCCCGGCUGCAGGUGUUCGAUUGCAAAGUUCAUCAGCUGGUUCAUGGAGACGCAAGGACUCCACAGGCGAGAACGUGAACCGGAAGUUUGUCAGGACCGCUCCAGCAUGGAGACAGCAGAAGGUUCAAGAUCACAGCAACCGAGUCUGCCAGAGGCUUAACACGAUUCAUCUCGGCGAGAAAGCUCAAGGUCAAGGCGCCGAGCAAACACCAUGGAGAAGCAGUGCAGCUCAGCGUUCGCUUUUCCAUGGCCAUUUGCCAUCUGGUGAGAGUGGACGGUGCCAUGUUUCCGGCCACACUGAGGCCGUGAACCGCUGGCCGAAGAACGCCGCCGCAAUCACGAGGCCAUGGAGGGCACAGAACCGGCUGCGGGUCUUCCAGGAAAUCACAAAUGAGAUGAACCGAAAUGUUGCAUAGUACAUCUCUAUUCCCUCACUCACCGUUGAUGGAAGUUCUUAGUUACCAGUAACCCUUUAAGUGGUUCGUUGAACUUUGAACUAGAGAUGACACAUGACAUGACUCUAGUGAAAUAUAGCUCCUAGCUUUUCCUUCCUGGUUUUGUUUCUGAGAAGAUCAGACGCAUUGGCAUUGGACUGUAAACAGCUCCAAUUAAGGGGCUUAAUCUCAAAAACCAUUCAGAGCCAAUGAUAAACUCGCCGGACAUCAUCAAUCGUCCAUAUUAAUUCCUAGCAAGUCCAUGAAUCAGAAUCACACUGCCGCUUCAGAUCCAAAUAGAGAUAUUUUCUAUCUGUAGUUCUGUCUGUACAUGCAUUUGCCCCAUUGGGUGACCUGACCUGUAAAAAAGAGAGUAACUAAUCCCUGCUAUGAUCUUUUUUUUUUU